AUGAGCCAUCGGCACGAUCGGCGAUCGCACGGUGGUCGCCGCUAUGAUGACCGUCGCUAUGGCGAUCGAAGAAGGGGGUAUGACGAUCGAGGUCAGCAGCACCGCAGGCAUCACGACGACCACCGCCAUCACCGCCAUCACCGCCACCACGAGCCCCGCGAUCGCGUGCCCAUUUCCCAAAGGCUGGGACCGCCACCACCGGGAUCUGCGCCACCUUCCAACGCACCCGAUCGCCAGCCGCUCAUUUCCGGUGCACCAUCACCGCUGAUCACCUCGCGCCUCGGGCCGCCUGUUGGUGGCAGCUCGUCGUUGCUGCCAACACCGCCGCAUGCACGCGAUGGCGGUGGUCGGUAUCACCACCAGCAAAACCAUCAGGGACGCUGGGGUGGACGGAGGGACUCGAGAGGAGACUCAUUCAGGUCGCGCAACCGCGGACCGUCCCGUGACGGAGAAGCCUGGGAGCGUGCGCGUGAGCGUGCUUUGGUUGGCUACGGCAACCUCUUUGACAAGUUUGUGCAGGUGCAAACACCAUGCGACAAGGCCCCAACUACUGACGACCUAUUUGCGUCCAUUGAAGGCCCAAUUCUUCCAGAGAUGCAAGUGCUCAAGCAACGCACGGGCGAUGUGCGCAGCAAGCUUGACAACAAGGCGAUUGACAUGUGGAAGAAGCUCACUCGCUUCACCAACCCGACCGGCAUCGUUCUGCAUGCGCUGCGAAAGCAAUGCAACCCAGAGCUGUGCACCAACGCUUGGGCAAAGAUGUACGAGUUGCUCGAGCACUUUCAGCUUCUCGACGUGUCCAGAGAUGACAGGGUGGCGAGUGUGCACGCGUGCGAAGCGCCUGGUGGGUUCAUCACCGCCACCAACCACUUCCUGCGCACGCGUCGCCAUAUCCCAAAGGCAGACGACCCGGCCAGAGACCAGUGGCGGUGGAUCGGCAACUCCCUCAACCCGUACCACGAGCAGAACGACCCCACAGCCAUGGUGGAGUCGGAUGAUUUCAUCUCUGCAACACUGCCUCGGUGGUACUUUGGCGCGGACGACACGGGCGACAUCCGCCACCGCGCCAACAUUAGCGGCCUGUGGGCGCGCGCACGUGCACUUGACGCCCCCGUGCUGCUGUUCACCGCAGAUGGCAGUGUGGACUGCCAGCACGACCCGAACGAGCAGGAGAUGAUAGUUGCCCAGCUGCACUACUGCGAGGCUGUGGCUGGCCUUGGCUGCCUCGAUCAAGGUGGGGCGAUGGUGCUGAAGAUGUUUACGCUGUUUGAGCAUCCGACAAUUGCGCUGCUGUAUCUUCUGCGCUCGCUCUUUGACGAGGUCUGGGUCACAAAGCCCGCCUGCAGCCGCGCAAGCAACGCAGAGACUUACAUCGUGGCAAAAGGAUUUCACGGCAUUUCCGACGCGAUGCUGCAGCGCCUCCUGCAAUUCGCUGGCAAAGACCUGCCCCUCGACAGCCAGGGGCGACGGCUGUCGCUGAUGGACACGGCGGCAAUGCCACAGGCGUUCGUGAACGAAGUCGUGCAGCUUGCGGAUCAAUUCAGCCGCUGGUUCACGGACUGCAUUGAGCGAAACAUCGAUCUUGAAACGAAUGGAAAGGGAUUCAUGGAAGACGAGGCGAUCAAGGAUGGCAAGCGCGGUGUGCAGCGGCGCUUCUUCGACACGUACCGCCCGCAGCCCAUCCACCGCCGCGAGCGCAUCGUGUCCGACCGCGAGGUGAGCGCAUGGGCCACCAGCGCCGUCGUCAGCCACGCCCACCGCGGGUUUGGCUCGCGCAUUGACGGCGCCACGCUGAGCGAGCGGCAGGAGAAGUACGCCCGCCACCAGCAGCACAAGAAACGCGCAUUCAGCGACGCAAACCCGCAGGCCCCGGCCGCCACAGCAGCAGCAGCAGCAGCAGCAGCAGCAGCAGCAGCGGGCAGUGGCACUAGCGGUGGCCGCGGAGGAGACAACAACAACAGCAACAACAACAGCAGCAGCAGCAACAGCAGCAACAGCAAUACGGCGGCGAUCAAGGGUGGCGAUGAUGGCGCGUGGGAUACGGGCGAACCACCGCGACAGCGUGCGCGGCUGAUGGCGGACGAGGACGACAAGAAGAAUACAGGUGAUGCGCGUAUUGUCGACGCAGCUGCAGUUGGUGCCGAGGGGGACGCACGCAGCGCAGCAGCACCCGUGUCGUCGUCACCAACAACAACGAAGACGACGACAACGACGACAGGCCAGGCCACGGCUGCACCUGCAUUCACCCGCGCCACAACCUCUGAUGCAGCCCCACCACCACCAUCGUCGUCAUCAUCUGAUGCAAAAGCAGCAUCCCCAACGACCAGCACAGCAACAGCGACGGCUGGCGGCGAUGUUGGUGGUGGCGGUGGGCGCGCAGCCGCUGCGAUGUCCAAGGGCGAGAUGCUCAUGCGUCAGAUUGGAUACACGGGCGGUGGUCUCGGCCGCCACGAGCAGGGGCGGCACGCGCCAAUUGCCACGGAGAUGCGCGAUGGGCGCGGCGGUCUCGGCUUUUCCGCGCACCGGCUGCUCGGCGUUGAGGAGGGGAUGGAGGGCAGCCCGUGGUUUGAUGACAACGACGGCGAGCCCACGGACGCCGACUGGCUCGUCCUGCGUGCACCGCACCAGCACGAUCGCGGCAGCGGCGGAUACGACACGCACCACCGCUCGUCAUCAUCAACAUCAACAUCAACAUCAGCCUCAUCAUCAACAUCACUCCCGCCACCGCUGAGCGACGAGGAUGUGUCUGGAUGGGAGAUUGUGCACGGUGCCCCACUGCGCACCAUUCUCUGCUCCAAGUUCUCUCGCCAGGACGUCGUCAUUGAUCUGCAGGAGCAGCGACGUGAUGCAACCCGACGCGUCGCCGCACUCGUCCGCACACACGCACACGCGCGCGUGGGGCUCAAGUGCGGGGUUGUUGCCAAUGCGGCAGCGGCGCUGCUGAAGGAACAACGACCACACGUUGUGUUUCCCGUGGCGUACUUGGAGCUGGCCCACCUCGCCGCCAUCACACACCUGCUGCCAGAUGAAGACGAUGUCAAGGACAAGAAGGCACCGCUGCGCUGCUGCGUGCUGCACGCGUCGUUGGUGCCGUAUGUGCAGCUGUUGGAGGAGCGGUGCGAGGCCGUGCACGCGAUCACUACCGAUGCAAUCACGAGCGACCCUGCGCUAACUGCUGGUGAUGUGGGUGGCACGCACAGCAACGAGCAGCAGCAGCAACAGCAACAUGAGGACAGUGGUGACGGUGAGACGAGCGAUGAGAGCAAACCCAGCACCGACGCUGACGCCCCAUCCCCCGACAGCAGCAGCAGCACCAGUGGUGGUGGUGGUGGUGGUGAUAGCACAACAACGUCCGCCACGAGCGCGUCCUCUGCGUCGUCGUCAGCAGCAACUGUUGUGUGUCCGUUCCCUAUGAGCCGCGCGCCGGCCACCACGACAUCUCUCCCUGAUGGGUCGAUUGACAUUGCCCUGUGCGGCAUCCAUCUUGACCACGCGGACAUGGUCUAUGGCGACGGCAACGACGUCACAGACAACCACUGCAAGCCGACGCUGAUUGACCAGCUGCUUGUUGCGCUGCGUGCCCUUCGGCAGGGCGGCUCGCUCGUGCUUAUUCUUCCAGACUGCUUCACCCGCUUUGCAGCAAGCACUAAGUGCUGCACGUUGCAUCUUUCUUCGAUUCGAACGUCUAACCUUUGCACCAUGCAUCGCCUCGCUCCCCACUUUAUUCAGGUGCUGGUGCGCGAUGUUUGUUGUCCACUCCUUGCUGAAGCGCUGCCGCACAUGAGUGAUGACCAGAAGCGCUUGUUCUGUGCGGAACUUCUUGGCAACCACCUUGCUGCCGUCGCCAAGCUGAUGCGCAAGGAAGUCCAGGUCGGAGACGAGUGGUUGCCAACCACAACACCGUCGUCACUCUUCACGACGCUGGCUGAGCAUUGUUGGGUGCUCACGACUGACGGCGAGCUCUGUACUCCGAAGGACGUGUUUGUGUCUCUUCCACCCACAUCCCCAGGUGCGGCCAUGCCGCUGUUCCGGCGCGUGGCGUGGGGCGACAUCCGCCCCUCCGCCGAUGCACGCGCGCACCUCAAGCGCAUUGGUAUUCGCGAUGCACCGACAUCACAAGACGCCUGGCGCGCCAUCACCACCACCAUCACCGCUGGUGCUGCUGAUGCUGCUGAUGCUGCUGAAUCGCCCAAGAGUGCUGUGCUUGCAGGCAAACGCAUCACAGCGGAUGUGGUCCUGGCGGCGCUGGCGUUUGUGGACGCGGAUGCCGCCUUUGUGCAAUCGCUGUCCACAACCGACACGUCUACGACGUGCUUGCUCGUUCCAAUGCACGGUGACACGAAGCCCAAAACGAAGAGCAACAGCAGCACAAACAGGAAGGAGCAUGCUGCCAGCAAGAGCAGCAGCGCCACGAGCGGUGUCACGACGGCCAUCAAGAUGCAGCCCGUGCCGCUGUCCUCGUGUGUGUGGGAGGAGCCAAGUCACACGAAGAAGGUGUGGCCGUCUCAGCGCCAUAGUGCACCAACACCACGCGAGAGCGCUCGCAUUCUCUUCAGAGACGUUUUGGACAAAGUCGUCCUCACAGACCAUCUCCCGAGCCGCGCAAUGCCGCAGGUCCUGCAGCAGCUAGGCGUUCCUGUGCGGCCCACGUUGGAAGAGUAUGUGACGGCGGCUGGCGUGCUGCACCAGAGACAGGAGGAAGCGAGGAAGGCGCGCGACGAGGGCCUGAAGCGCUUGUGCACAUACAGCCUCUUGCGUGUCCUCACCAACAUCGCAUACAUGGUACCAGCUGGCCUUCGCUUUGAUGAAGAUAAGAAUGAGGAGGUGGAAGAGCAGCACGACGGAGAUGACAGCGCUGUUGGACGCCAAACAUUGUCGCAGGAAGCAAAAGGUGUGCGAGACAUGCUGCGGAAGCGCUUGCCUGUGCCAACAACCGCAGAUUUGGAGAUGGUGUCAUGCGAUGGCCCCGUUUUCCUCGCCAACGACACCGACCUGUGGGCAAGCUUGCGCGUUGAGGAGUGCUUCAACACGACCUCUGCCCGCUUUGUGCUGAAGGACGCGUUGGCAAGCAACAUGCCCAUCAAGGACGCGCGCCGGAUUCUACCGCACGUGUACACGACCGUUCUCAAUAUUCCCACCACGAUGAAAGCACUGCAGCUGCAGGUUCUUGCUGGACAACCAGCCGGCAACCCUGGAAUGCAGAUGCACGAAAAGGACUUGGAAGUGUUCAUGAAAGCCACACAACGCCUUCUACUUGAUCACAAACAAGAACUUGAUGACGAGGAGCUGUUGAACCGCUUUCAAGGCCUGCGCAUCUCUGGUGUCAACAACAUCACAAUGACGCCGCAGCUUCGAUACAUGACAGCUGAUGGAAGGAAGCGCGCUGUUACCGCGGGCAAGCCGCUAUCACUGGAGCAACGCUGGGGAUUCCACAAGGACUCGUGCACCAUGUUUGUUGUGCCAAGCCAGCAAGAACGACACCAAUCGCGAUCGCAUCUGAAGAAGGCGAUUCUUCUCGCACUUGCUGAUCUUCCCAUUCAUGUGUGGACACGGCUGGCUGCGGUCUUGAACCAGCUUGCGGAGUCGUCAUCAGCAGUAGCAGCGAAGCUCUCCCAGGAAUGGGCACUCCCUGAUGGCGUUGGUUCAUGGUUCGUACCAGGACAAACGCCUGAAGUGGACAAGCAGCAGGCGGAGCUGCCGUCGCCAGCGACCGAGCAGACAGCAGCCACUGGAAACAGCACGAGCAUGCGAGCCGACGGCGUGACGCAGGCGGAGUUGGCUGCAGUGGGCCGCCACAUUCUCGCCAGCGCCGUUCCAACGAAAGAAGAGCGGGAGCGGCGCCAGCAACGGCUAAAGACACUGCGCGCCGAGCGAGAAGCGAAGCGACAGCAGGAGGAGCAGGACGGAAUGGUCGCUGAGGAAGAGCCCACGCCAGCAACCAAUACCACGGGAACCACCUUUGCGCCGUAUCCCGUCACGGCAGAUGGCGGUGGUGGAGCCCGUGCCUUGACCAGCACUGGCGGUGCUCAUGGCAGGGAUGGCGGCCGCGGUGGUGACGAUAGUCGUCGUGGUCGUGGUCGUGGUGUUGUGCCCAUUGCACCCAUCGAAGCACACAUGGUCUCGCCCGAAAUUGACUGGACAGCAGUCGCGCGUUUUCGUGAGCUGCCGGAGGAUGACGAUGAACACGAGAACGGCCACCAGCUGCUCGCUGAUGCCAACGCAUAUGAUUGGCAGUGGAUGAACGAACAAAAGGAGACGGGAGAGCCUUUCGACAUUCUUGGCACAGCGAAAGAAGAGGUGGCGUGCGCAGUCGAACAACGCCAGCGUUUUGCGCUCAUGUACGUUGUGCUUGAUCCUGCUGAACGCAAGGCCAGCGCGGCUGUGAUUGUGGACCCCAUCUUCACCCAGCAGCACGUUCUCCUGCCCGUGUCGCCACCACAACAUGAGGAGGAGUGA